AUGAUGUAUGUGAUGCUGAUAUUGCUCUCAGUACUCACAGUCGGACUUGCUGUACAGCCCAGUGCAGCACAACUGCCAGUCAACCAUGCCUACAAAGACGGUAACACACUCCGGAUACCAAUCGAUGCCAAUGCCUCCGAGGAACUUUUCGACAAAUGGCUAAGCCAAGCACUGUCAGGAUUGAUGGCGGCCGUAACAUCUGGAAGGCUUGAUCAGUUGGACGAGGAUGAUCGUGAAGAAAUACAUCGAUGUUCCAAGAUGGCUUACACGGUACCUGAUCAUGCUCGAUGUGUAGUUAAAGUGUUGGACACUACUCGUCACAUCAAACGAAUUCCAACGAACGUCAAACGAAUUCCUACAAAAGUUGUUAAAAGUAAGCGUAUUUCACCUGUGAAACGCAAGCCUAUAAAACGAAAAAUAAAGGAGUUCAUCCCCAAACAGAAUGAUGAAUGGGUUGGUGGCUUCCGACUGGCCAGAGCUAAAAGAAGUGUUCAGCUGGUGAAUCGCACCUCCUACAACCUCACCUCAAUCGAUGACGAAACCUUCUUUUCCAAGGUGGUUCGACAAACUGCCAAAACUAUUCGUAAAUUCAAGAACAAGACUGAUGGAACCCAGAGCUGGCGUUCAGCAAUUCAACGUAUCAAACACAUAGGAAAAGAGGCGCGUAUGAUGGCAAAACAGCGAAAAGCAUUGAAAAAACGGCUUCGACAAAUGAUUGACAAUACACCAGACGAUUUUCAAGAUCCUAGAAAGGCUGCAGCCAUAAGACAGAUGGAAAUGGAAGACGAAGACUUAGCGAUGAAAAAGAAGAUUGGAAUGGAGAAAAAGGAAGAAAUACGAGUUCCAAUGAAACUUGUUCGUGAAUCGAUCAAGAUUGCCUUGGCCGCAACUGGUAAAAAUGUGAGCAAUUUCGACGACAAAACGCUGAAGCUGCUUUCACCCCGAUUCUUGAGUAUCGUACCGGAAGAAGAUCCUGACGAUCUGGUGAGUAGCGAAGUUGAAAGAACUCUGUCGCUACCGAAUUUAGUCAAAGCGUUGCCCAACAAAGAUCAGGAGGCUUGGCUCGACUUUAUCGUGGAGGCAGCUGGUGUAUCUGACGCCAUCGAUAUGACUGAAAAGAAACAGCAACAGAUGCGAGAAGAAGGAUCACGCGGACCUGAUGGGACACCUCUUUACUUUACCAAGAAGAACGUCACCGACAUCUUUGGCGAUACUGAAAGGCGAAAAAUUGAAACAUUCGAGGAAUUGGAUAGGCUGUACACUAAGUCACAAAGGGAGGACCUGGACAAGCAGGGUUACUCGUACCUUACACUAAAGCAGUUGGACGUUAUCUACGGACCCAAUUCGCCGUAUAACAAGUCGGAUUCUCAUCGACUGUUCCGCAAGCUACGUCGAUUACACGACGAUCCACACCAUCUGAUUGAACACGAUAUUCGUGCGUUAGCGGAAGCUAAGAAGUUCCGCGUACGUCAGAAGGACAUAGCAUUGUCACCCUUUGUGUUGACACCACUCACUGGCGCAGGAGCGGCACUAUCGACGACGGUCGUCCUCUCUCCUCUAGUACUUUCACCGAUUACUCUUUCACCCGCAGUACUCGGUCCUAUUAUCCUUUCGCCAUGGGUAUUCGUUCCCCUAAUACUUUCACCUCGUGUUUUAUCACCACUGAUUGUCAAUCCACUUAUAUUUUCACCGAUCAUCCUUUCACCUUUAGUACUUCAUCCGCUGAUUUUGGUACCCGGUGUAUUUAACCCAGUCAUAUUGUCACCUUUAGUUCUUUCCCCACUUAUUCUUUCACCUCAAGUGUUUACUCCGAUUGUUUUAUCACCUCUACUACUCAGUCCUCUCAUAUAUAACCCUAUGGCUGGAUCACCUUUAGUCCUUUCACCGUUCCUUCUUUCACCAAUCAUCUGCUCUCCACAGUAUUUGUUUGCUGUAGUACUGUCACCGUAUGCACUUUCACCCCUGAUUCAGUCCAAACUUAUUGCCUCAGAGGUCAUCCUAUCACCUAACUGGCUUUCAUGA